AUGAAUAAAUCUUCCUGUGCUCGUGUCAGCUUUAAAUUUGAACACAAUUUUCUGCCUCCCGUUUACAUCUUAGUCUUCAUCGUUGGUCUGGUAGCUAAUGGAUGGGGACUGAAGUCUUUGCUGUACAACUGGAAGAAACUGGGUAACGUCAACGUGUUUGUUCUCAACCUUGGACUUGCAGAUAUUUUGUACCUCCUCACACUCCCCUUUUUGGUGGUGUACUACUUAAUGGAGAGUAAGUGGAUCUUUGGAGAUGCAUUCUGCAAGAUAACAAGAUUCUGCUUCAACCUGAACUUAUAUGGCAGCAUCGGAUUCCUUACUUGUAUAAGUGUGUACAGGUACCUGGCCAUUGUCCAUCCAAUGAGAGUGAAGGGAAGGAUAACUCUGACUCACUCUGUGGGGAUCUCAGUCAUGGUUUGGCUGUUGGUGAGUGUUCAAAGUCUCCCAGACAUGUUCUUCACUAAAACAUUUGGAAACAAGCCUGGGAAAUGUUAUGAUACCACCAAUAAGAUCUAUGUUGAGGAUUAUCUGAAAUACAGCCUAGGAUGGACACUCACUGGGUUUUUUAUCCCAUUGCUCAUCAUACUGGGCUGCUAUGGACAUGUGAUUGUUGUUCUCUGUCGUAGUAAUACCACCGACAAGUUACUGAAACAGAGAUGCUUGAAGUUGUUGUGCAUCUUGAUUCUUCUCUUCUCUGUCUGUUACAUCCCCCAUCAUGUAUUGAAGAACCUCAACCUUUGGUCAAGAGUUCUGCUUAAACAGAGGAACUGUCGUAAAUGGUCUAAUGGAGUAUUUAUUGCUCAUCAGAUAAGUCGUGGCCUUGUAUGUCUGAACAGUGCUCUCAACCCUCUGGUUUACCUCCAUGGAAGUGAAAACAUUCUUGCUCAGCUCAGACGACGACUUCAGCAAGCUUAUCAGAUGUUCAAUCGUUUGUUUCUGUCAAACUCUGGCUCUGUGCCUGUGGCACAAACUGCAGAUGAAUUGUAACAAGAAUUAAGAGUUUAACAUUAACUGCUAAAUAAUAAUUAGCUCAAACAGCAUGCACCUGUACAUCUUAACUAGUGGUGUGAAUUGACAACAAUGUAAAUGAAAUUGUCGGUUUUCUUUUGUGUUGCUUUCUUUACCUGAAAAAUUAGCCUUCACAGUCAUAUUUUUGAUAGUUGUGUUAGUCACGAUGCAGUUAACACAUGUCAUACAUACAUAUAUGACAUACUUUAUGGGUCGUUGUUUAAACAGAACAGGUUAUUGGAGUGAUGUUGUUAGUAGUGUGGAAACCCACUGUCAUGAAUGAUCUCUUUUGGCUAAACCAGGAACUUGAAAUGUUUCAAGUUGUAAAACUGAAAACUCAUGUGUUCAGACUGCGCUUUGGUCCAUUAAAUUAAAAAAACACAACAAGGAAA